UGAAUGGUGUUUUUUACGCCAGUCCUGUCUAUGCGGCCGAUGCGUUCUGCGUCACCGUGCAAACUGGUCAGAUGAAUCCCGAUGCGCCGUCCUGUGAGAGGGACGUGCUGGAAGGCUCAGUUUCGAGAGACAUCGAGUUGGAGAGCGAGAAGGCUUGUUGCACUGGCAUCACUGGCUCUGCUGACUCGCCAAGUGCUCGGAGCGGCCGAGAUGGCGGCGAGAGAGUCGGAGUGAGCCAGGACAGACAGCUGAUUUCGAACGCUAUCUCGCUGACGUUGUUGGUGACGUUGAGUGACAGGCCGAGCAAAAACGUACACAAACUCGUGUAUAUGAAGGCGUUGGCUAUGGAACUCCAAUCUGAGGGCAAGGCGCUUGUGUUUGAUGUGCAGAACAUCGAUGCGAUCCUGAUAGACCGGUGUUCGGCGAUGUGUCCAAGGGAGGCUCUAAGUUACUUGCUUCAGUGCUGGGCGAGAUGUGGCGCUCACCACACACAAGAUUUGGAGGUGUAUCAGUAUUUGAGGCGGUCGAUUCUUACGCACGGCUUCUUGCUGUUGUCUCAGGAGCAAGGGGACUCGUCUUUGCUGACGUUCGAGAUGGUUAACGCGUGCCGAGGUGGGAUGAUCACCUCGGGGCCGACUCGACAGGAUUCGGUCACCUCGUCUUGCAUCGAGACUUUUUUGGACGGCAUGUGUCACCAAAUAGGCUACGAGGAAAUGGCGCCCGUGCUCGAGCCGCCGAUCGCCGCGUUGGUGCAAAAGCUCCCCUCGUACUGCGUGUUCGACGACUUCUUGCCGACGUUUCACGCGAUGUCGAUUAUGUUCAAGACCAGGUCUCUGAGACAGAUCUUGGUCAACCACCGCCUUUGGUUGGCCAGGGACGCUCGCUCUCUCAGCGCGAGCAUUUUAGGGUCGAUGGCCUCUAUAGGCGGCAUGCUGAACCUCGCCGUGGCUAGGGAGCACUUCACGCCCCCUUCGAGGAAGAUCGCCUUCGACUUCAUCAGGACGCUCAGCGCUGAAGAAGACGUCGUCAGGAAGUGUCAGUCGGUGAUUCGCGAGGUCAAUUCCAAGGUGUGGACGUGGAUGGUUCAGGACAAGGAGUUCAGGGGGGCUCUGUUUGAUUGGAUCAAGGUGAUCAUUGUGGAGGGCUCCUCUAAGAGGAACACGACUAUGCACCUUCUUAGGUGGAUCAGCAUGCCGAACUUGUACCAGCUGGAUGGAUUUUUUUACAACGUGGCAGACCAGAUCAUUCGCCUGUCCGCCCCUAUUUCCAAAAAGCUCCACCUCAUCGACCUGAGGUAUCUCAAGGCCAAUUGGAAGGAGAUGAGCGAGCCCCGCCUGUUCCAGCCCCGCUCAGUGGACGAGGAGAGGUGUUCGGACGCGGCUGCCGAACCGACACAAUUCAACCUCGUGUCGACUCUCUUUUUCACGGCUCACUGCGCGGUCCACGCGAGUCUGAUUCCGAUCAUCGACCAUUACUGGGCCCUCUUCAAGUCGAUCGACCAGUACCAGGCCAGGGAACAGGCCAGCGGCGCGAAUCUCGAGGUGACGAUUUCCACCACGAUUGGUCUCCUCUUCAACAUGCAGGCAUACCUCUUGGACCAGGAGUUUGUCUGCAGUUCCCUGCACUUCUACGAGAUGACUUCCAACUGGAUGCUGAUGCAUCUCGGCUCCGCGGAUCGCCGCGAGACGACGCAAGUUUACGAGAUUCCCGAGUUCAUCGCCGAGGACAUGGUGAACUUUUGCCUGUUCCUGGUCAAGGCCGUCCGGAAGCCGAACCCCCUCGCGCGGGGGUUGACGGACAUCACGUUUUCCGGCGCGAUUUUCCGGCUGCUGACGCGCAUUUUGGGAGACAGUGCCGUGAGGAAUCACUACCUGCGAGGGAAGAUCGUUGAGCUGUUCGUGCACAGUUCCUGUCCGCACCUGCUCCACGCGGACGAGGAGGACAGUAGGGCCCUGUUCGACUACGAGGAUGUCAUAAGGUACCACGACGAGUCGUUUUUCGCCUUGGGGAAGCACCUGGUUCAGCUGUUCGUCGAUGUCGAGCGGACUGGGUCUCAAAAUCAAUUCUACGAGAAGUUUCUGAUCAGAAACCACAUUUCCAUUCUCCUUCGCCACCUGCUGACUCUGUCGAAGGACUGUUUGUGUCUGUCGGAGUUCGAGAACGACCAGCUGAGCGUCUUCUUGACGCUUCUGCUGAAUGACACGCUGUUCCUCCUGGACGAGCUCAUCAUCAAGCUCAGGAAGAUCAAGCAAAUCCGCGCCUCCGCUCGCCGCGCGUCCACGACCCAGGAGGCCGCGCAGGAGACGGAGCAGGAGCUGAGCACGCUCCAGUCGCAAACGCAGUCGUUCGCGUGGUUCGGACAGGAAUCCAUCUUGCUUCUCGAAUCGAUCGCCGACGUGUACACCGAAUCGCUGUUCCGCCCGGAGGUCCUUGACGCUCUAGCCACUAUGCUCAACUAUGUGCUAGACCACCUCGCGAGCUCCAAACGAAAGGAACUCUCCGUUCGCGGCCAAUCCUCAACCAGCCAGCCCAACUUCAAGCCCAGGCUCCUGCUCGCCUGCCUGAUCAACAUCUACCUCAAGUGCUCCCAAAUUCGCUCGGAGCGCUUCGGCCCGACUCAGUUCCUCGACUCAGUCGUCAAGGAGGGCAGGUCGUUCCGAGUCUCCACCUUCGAAAGCGCCAUCGAACUGUGCAAAAACUACCACAUCGUCCCGCUCCCCGUCCUCCAGCAGCUCACGCAGUUCGUGGAGCAGCUCAGGGAACGAUACGAAGUGUUCAAGCAAGAAGAAAUCUCCAUGCAGGAAGUCCCGGAGGAGUUCCUGGACGCCCUGCUCUCCACCCUCAUGUCGGACCCCGUCACCCUCCCCUCCGGACAAGUCGUCGACGAGACCACCAUCAAGCGGCACCUAUCCGGGCACGAGGCCACCGACCCCUUCACCAGACAGAAGAUAGAGCCCCACAUGCUCGUGCCGAACACCGAGCUGAAGAAACGCAUAGAGCAGUGGAAAAAAGAGCAACACGCCAAACCCGUCGCCAAAGAGUGAAGCCGAGCAGAGCAAAAAAAAAAAAAAAAAAAAAAAAAACAGUUUGUCUUUUUAGUCACUUCUAUGCGGUUGUCGACGACCUCGAGGGUGCGCCGUUUGUCUGCCGACGACAUAAAGCUGAGGUAUUACGAAAAAUACAUUUACGACCAGCUGAUCAUAUUCGCGCCCAACGCGGAGGAGUCCUCUCUCUCUGUCGAGGCGGUCGCCGACUUCGCCAACAGCGGGAAGGGCGUGCUCAUAGCCAUGUCUGACUCUCCCGGACGCUUCGCGCGAAGUUUGGCGAAGCGGUUCCGAGUCGCGGUUCGGGACAAGGUGGUGGACUUCCACCUGGACUGGGACCUCAGAGUGGACCAGGUGGUGUUCGCCGAGGUGCCGUCGGACUUGAAGUCCGUGUUCGGCGAGAACCCCAUCUCCAAAGUGGCCUUCAAGGGCACUUCUCUGUCUCCGAACGAGAGUCUCGUAUCGAAGUUGUUCCAAUUCCCUAUGCUCUAUUCUUCGCCGACGUCUUUUCCGUCUCCCCGCGAGACGUUGGGCGUUUGCAUUCAGGGCACCAACGACGCGCGCGUGGCGAUCGUGGGAUCGCUGGACGUGUUCUGCGACGAGUACUCCGACCGCUCGAAUGGCCUUGGCAACGCCGACUUCGCCCGGGAGGUCGCCAAGUGGACAUUCAAGGGCCGGUCUCGCCUGUACGUCUCGAGUCUCAUUCACUACGCCGUGGCGGAAAAAUUGCCGCGCUCGAUGUACUCCGUGAACGAGGAAGUCGAGUUCAGGAUCUACCUUCGAGAAUACAAGGACGACAAGCUGGUCCCGUUCAACGUCGACCAACUCCAACUGGAGGUCAUCAAGGUAGAUCCGGUGAUUCGCCUGAACAUGGAGGCGGGCGCGGACGGAAUGCACUCGGUGAGGUUCAAGCUCCCGGACACCUUUGGAUACUACAAGUUCAGAGUGCAGUACCGAUGUCGUGGGUACACCAGCGUGUUCGCUCAAGAGCUUUUGCCCGUCAGGCCGCUAAGUUCCGAGGAGAGAGGACAGAUCAAGGAGAUUGCGUAUCCGUACUACGCGGCGAGGAUGCGUUCUUGGUUGCUGCGCGCGGCGCCGUUGGACGCCGCUAGAGAGAGCGGCUCGGUCGUCGUGCGCGGCGUCUGCAGGGCCUUGCGCGGCGUGAGGUGGACAGGUGACCUGAUCAAGAGGAUGAUCGUUGGAGGAAACGCGAGCGCGAGGGGGUACUUUAGGGCUCACGGCGUGGAGGAUCAGAGUUACGGGGAGGAGAAGUACAUGACGAGGGCGGCGGAGGAGUACAGGGAGUUGUUGACGAAGCGAGUCGAGAGACAGGACUGGUCGACGGAGGAGGCGGUGAGAGCGGCCAUGAGAGCGGACAAAAAGGAGUUCGAGAAAAACGGUGAGGACAGAUUGAACAGCUAUAGAACGAAGGAGUUUGUUCACAAGGUCGUUCAGGUUGCGGAGACUGAUUUUUUUGACGAGGACUCGCCGACGGGGGCCGACAAGUCUCCGAGACUCGAGGUGCCCUCGAGGGCCGAGCGUCCGCGUCGCCCGGACAGCUUGACGGGCGUUGGCGGGUCUCCGAGACUCAAGGUGCCCUCGAGUGAGGCGCACCAUCCGGAAAGUAGGGGAGUCGUCGAGCAACCGAAGGCGUCGUCGUCUAAUCGGUCGGCGCAGAGGUCCGCUCACGCCAAGAGACACCAGUUGUUUGACGCCUCCGAUACCGCGACGUCCGAGAGCUUGCCGAUGUCCGUAGAGAAACAAGCCGAGUAUGCGAGGUGGUUCGAGAAGACGAGCUCGCCCAGCGUGACCGGGAGCCUCUACGACAUGAUAGACGACGACGAUUUGUAUCAAGAUGCGCUGGGGCUUGGAGAGGUGGGCCUAUUCGACGCCCUGACUGGCGAUUUGUACGAAGAGAAUAACGCGUCGUACAGGACGACAGAAAGCCCUUUCGACGCGGCUCUUAAAAGAAAUGUGCCGCAGCCGACAAACGCCGAGUCCUUGCCGCGUCGACCGAGCGCGCCCAAAGCUGCGGAGUCGUCGGGCCAAACCAGAUCGUCGAGUACUCGCGUCUAUUCUGACGACUGGGACAAUCACCCCUCCUCGUCUCGCGGCUCCAGCGUCUCCGUCGCGCCCAACCUUAUUCAGGACAAAUUCUCCGGCGCGAGCUCUAUUUCCAGCUCUCAGCUGGAGCCAAAGAGCGGCUCCGACUCUCCGAACGUCGACAAGGCCUCAUUUGAACGACGUUACAAGAACGCGGACUCUAUCAGCUCCGACGACUUUCACAGGCGACCGGGGCCGCAAAAGGAAUACAGCACCGCCGACAUGAUUUCACGGGUCACCAAGUCCGCCAAGUCUGACUUUCUGUCUAUCAUAGAGAGCGGCAAAAAGGCUGCCCUGGCCGUGUCUGAAUGGGUUCACGACGUGUUUGUGGAUUUCUUCAAGUCUCUGAAACGAGGGCGUCGCGCCGGCGGCGAGCUCGAGGGCGCGCGAGACCGGGAGACCCGCAGCAAGCGGUCCAAGAGGGCGCCGGCCCGAGCGGCCAAGGCGCCUCCGAGCGUCGAGGCGGACCGGACGCCCAUCGCCGAUCCCUCGGACGACUCCUCGGACGACUCCGAAGCAGAAGUUUUGGAAUUCGGAGAGGACAAUCACUUGGACCCGACUCUAAGAAACGAGGUGCUGGAGUUCAUUCAAGCGAAGAGUCGGCGCGGCGCAUCCCCCUCAGAGCCUCUCGAGAGCGACGCUCGCAACGAGGUCCGGUCCGUGUUUGUGGGAAACCUGCCUUGCACGUUGUCUCAGAUGGACAUCCGCAACUACUUCGAGAAGGCCGUGGGGAAGACGUCGGCGUGUCGAAUGCUGGCGCGAGAUCGCGAACGCAGCGUCGUGGCGUUUGUGGACUUCGAGACACACAAAAUGGCCGAGAAAGCUGUCAGAAAAUGCAACGGGAGAUCGUGCCAUGGCAGAAAUAUUUGCGUUCGCCUCGCUCGCGCCAAGGCGCCGGGCCGUCCGAGCUCUAGGAGCGUCUACGUUCGAAACUUGUCGUUCGACGCAACCGAGGAGGAUGUCAGAAGGCUAUUUGAACCGUGCGGAGAGCUGGUCAAAGUUCGACUUCCUGUUUUUCCAGAUAGCGGCAAGCGUCGUGGGUAUGCGUUUGUGGAAUUUCGCACGGAGGAGUCGGUUUUAUCGGCUCUGAAGUUGGACAGGACCGAGAUGCUAGGCAGGCAAGUUUUGGUGGAGGUCGCCAAAGUCUGACAUUUUUUUUUGAAAGCGUCAUUGUUUUUUGAGGUGUUCGUACGUUUACACCUUUUGACGCGUGCAAGAGCCUCUUUGCGUUGUGGAU